AUGACCGAAGAAAUCGUCUCUUCUGAUUACCUGGUGAUCGGGGCAGGAGCUAUGGGAAUGGCUUUUGUAGACACCAUGCUCACGGACUCCAAAGCUACUAUUACCAUCGUGGAUCGAUACCCUCAGCCUGGUGGACACUGGACUACAGCUUAUCCCUUUGUUCGACUGCAUCAGCCCUCAAACUUCUAUGGUGUGAAUUCGAGGGCCCUCGGCAUGGACACGAUUGACAGAGAAGGUUGGAAUGAAGGACUAUUCGAACUCGCGUCUGCACACGAACUUUGCGCAUAUUUCGAUCAGGUCAUGCACCAGACCUUCUUGCCCUCGGGCAGGGUGGCAUACUAUCCGAAGUGCGAAUAUGCUGGCAAUGGCAGGUUCAGAUCUCUGGUCACUGGCAAGACAUAUCGAGCGACCGAGUCGACUUGCAUUGUUGAUGCAACAUACAUGAAGGUUAAGGUUCCGUCGAUGGGUCCGCCACAGUACGGAAUCGGUGAAGGAGUCAAACUUGUGACACCCAAUACCAUGCCAGUGGAGUCCAGACCUUACUCCAACUAUACGGUUGUUGGCGCAGGCAAGACGGGCAUCGAUGCAUGCCUUUGGCUACUUGGGAUCGGUGUUCAGCCCUCUGCCAUUUCGUGGAUCAUGCCUCGUGAUCAAUGGCUCGUGGACCGCCGCUACCAUCAGGCGGGGGACAUUUUCGCAGAGUGGCGUUACUCGCUCGUUCCCAACCAAGCCAAAGCCAUCCACGCUGCAACGACUGUUGACGACCUCCUACAGCGACUUUCGGAAGCUGGCCAGCUGAUGCGCUUAUCAGAGGAUGUUUGGCCAACCAUGUUCCGUUGUGCUACCGUCUCGCGGAAGGAAUUCGCGGCCCUCAAGCAGAUCAAACAUAUCAUUCGACAAGGCCGAGUGCUCCAAAUUGACCAGGAUAAAGUGACACUAGAGCGUGGCUCCUAUGCCCCAGACAGAGACACACUUUGGAUUGAUUGUACUGCCGAUGGCCUCGCUCAAAGAGACGCUGUGCCAGUAUUCCAGACGAAUUUGAUAACUCUCCAGUCAGUCCGGUAUUGCCAGCAAGUAUUUAGUGCUGCUUUCAUCGCACAUCUUGAAGCAACAUACUCCGACACCAAAACGAAGAAUUACCUCUCCCGUCCAAUUCCUCAUCCUAAUCAUGGCGUUGACUGGAUCGCAAUAUCGCUCUUGAACUAUCAGAAUACCAUGCGGUUGAGCGAGUAUCCCGAGACGCUCAAGUGGCUGGCAAACUCCCGCUUAGACUGGUUCAGACAUAUGGCUCCGCCGUUGCCCAAGAUUCCGGAAGAGAGGAAGGCGACAGUGGAGAGGAUGAAAGAAGUGCGCGAAGGGAUGUGCAGCAAGCUUGAAGCGCUGCUUGAUACGAUGGCACCCGAGGAUGCCGCCAGAGUGAGGAAGCAGGUGUAUAACAGUUCAGUCGCAUCUCACCAGAUCAGCAUGCUUUGA